AUGUCCUGCUCCCUCAAGGUAAUCCAUAGCUAGGCCUACAGUGAGAUGAUGGAUGUACAAUGGAUAGUGACAGCAUUGAAAUCAGCAGUUGAUAGUUUGUUGGUUGAGUUGAUGAAUAGGUUACAGUUCUCUGAAGUUCUCUAGCCAUCAUUUAACUCUAUUUGCUGAUGUGUCUAUAAGACUUGACAGUGUGCGGCACUUUGUGUGUUACCACAACACUGGAACAGUGGAGAGAUCUGUGCACUGGAUGCAUUUUAUGAUGGCAAAGAAAUUGUAACAUAUGUUAAGGGACAAUUGGUCAGUAUGAUCGAGCAUGAUUAUGAUGAUGGCCUCCUCCCUGAAUGUAUACCAUACUGUACAUUGCACAUGCCCUACCCAGACAUACUGUAUGCGUCUCCUGUGUGUCCCAGGAUGCAAAGGGGUUUCCCGGGGGGCCUGUGAAGAUGAGCGUGACAUCAUGGUUCCUGGUCAGCAGCUCUGGCACCCGCCACCGGCUUCCACGGGAGAUGAUCUUCGUGGGCCGGGAGGACUGUGAGCUGAUGCUGCAAGUAGGUGAUGUGACCCUGGCCCUGACCUGACGACCUCCUUUAAAGGCUUCAUUUUUAUGUUACUCUCUAAUCAAAUGCAUCAUUUUAUCCUCAGGCGCAGAUAACUAGAGAUAGCAAGCGUUUCUACAGUGCAGUAGCAUAGACCAGUGUUUUUUCAACCCAUUCGGAGGAACCCUCAGGGGGUGCCCAAUUUAGUUGUAUCCCAUCUGAUUCAACUAAUCAAGGGCUCAGUGGUUAGUUGAUUAGUUCAAUCAGGUGUGUUAGUGCUGGGCUAAGACAAAAAUGGGCACCUCCUGAGAAUCCUUCCAGAAACACUGGCUGACUAUUUGUGUUAUGGUAAAGGCUGUUUUUAGAACAAUCUGAUUGGCUACCAUACAGUAGGAAGGGGCGGCAUCAAGGGGAAAUGGACAUCAAACAUCACAGAAAUCACUGAAGGAAGCAGACGCCUCUCAACAAAGGUCUCUUAUGUUGGUAUGUUUAAUGAGAUGGUAUAUGUCGAUAAGGUUGUCAUCCGGUUAGGGGUAGCACUCUGUCUGUCGGCUGGAGAUCACUACCUUAUUGAUGUGUGGGUAGAACAACAACAACUGUCAUUUUACAUACAGAUAUUUAUAGCCACAUUGAUGUCCCAUUUCAAUGCGUAGUUCAGACGACUGUAACGUUACUCUGAAAAAGACGACUGGACUUUGAAAUAGCCAAUGACAAAAGCGUCUAUCUACUAUUUGUGUCAGGCUUUUGCCAGUCAAAGCCUCAGCCCUUGAUAUUACAAAAAGCAACGCCUAGAUGUCAAUACAAAAGAUACACUCUGAUUUGCUACUAGAUGAAGACAUCAGUUAUCAACAAAAGUCUGCAGUGAAAAAGAGGCCAUUUAGAGCACUGGGAGUUGUCAACCUUGACAUGAUCCAAAAUGCGCCCAGUUUUUUUAUAUACAGUAUAUAGUUCCUGGCAGUUGCCAUGGCGCCAGCUCGGAGAUCCUGAUGAUUCAGAACUGUCUGCCUCACAGUGUCUUCCGAUGUGGCCGUCCGUUGCCAAUAGUAACAGCUGAGAUGGACUUUUUCCUCACACGGCGAAUGGCGGGCCUAUUGCCAUCCCGGAACAAUAUUGUGUUAUAGGACUAAUGCUUUCUCACCCGCUCCUUCUAUCUAAACCUAAUUGUUAGUAUACCUGCACUUUAAAGUCAGUCUCCUCAUCCUCCCGAAGCCCUCUGAAGGGGAGAAAGGCCUUCUCUUCCCUGUGUUGUGUGUAAUUUACACUCCCUCCAUAUUGUUGGCCACAGAUAACAAGCCUUUGUCCUUCUUUCCUACCUGCUUAGCCACAGCAGUGUCUGUGAUUCAGCACUAUUUAUCACCCCCUUUUUUGUUUAGCGGUGAAAGCUACCUCAUACAUCUGGCAACAAUGACGGUAUUGUGUAGCUCAAAACACUAUUUUGAAUAUAUGACACACUGGUGCAGCUACACCAUUUUAUUGAACUGGAUAAUUUGUCAUGAUGUUAUAAUUUAUUGAAAGCAGAUACAAUGCUUGUACAAAAAUACUGUUUUGAGAGUAGACUGCCAUUGUGGCCUUUUUAGUGCCAUUACUGCCAUAGAGUAUUUUGUUCAGUGGUAUGGAGCCCCCAGCUGAGGUGGUUCAUGACUGAGUUGGACUACUACCCUUUGUCUAUUGUAUCAGGUUUCAGUAUCACUAAGUCUUUCAUCAUUAUGUGUUUAACGGUGAUUUUUGCACUGAACUAGCCCAGCAACUUGGCUAGUCAAGGAUCAUAUCACCUCUACCUUACCUGCCACUCUAGACCCACUUCAAUUUGCUUACUGCCCCAAUAGAUCCACAGACGAUGCAAUCACCAUCACACUGCACACUGCCCUAUCCCAUCUGGACAAGAGGAAUACCUAUGUAAGAAUGCUGUUCAUUGACUAUAGCUCAGCAUUCAACACAUAGUACCCUCCAAACUCAUCAUUAAGCUCGAGGCCCUGGGUCUGAACCCCGCCCUGUGCAACUGGGUCCUGGACUUCCUGACGGGCCGCCCCCAGGUGGUGAAGGUAGGAAACAACACCUCCACUUCACUGAUCCUCAACACUGUGGCCCCACAGGGUACGUGCUCAGCCCCCACCUGUACUCCCUGUUCACCCAUGACUGCGUGGCCACGCACGCUUCCAACUCAAUCAUCAAGUUUGCAGAUGACACAACAGUAGUAGGCUUGAUUACCAACAAUGACGAGACAGCCUACAGGGAGGAGAUGAGGGCUCUGGGAGUGUGGUGCCAGGAAAAUAACCUCUCACUCAACGUCAACAAAACAAAGGAGAUGAUCGUGGACUUCAGGAAACAGCAGAGGGUGCACCCCCCUAUCCACAUCGACGGGACCGCAGUGGAGAAGGUGGAAAGCUUCAAGUUCCACGUCGUACACAUCACUGACAAACUGAAAUGGUCCACCCACACAGACAGUGUGGUGAAGAAGGCGCAAUAGCUCCUCUUCAACCUCAGGAGGCUGAAGAAAUUUGGCAUGUCAACUAAAACCCUCACAAACUUUUACAGAUGCACAAUUGAGAGCAUCCUGUCGGGCUGUAUCAACUGCACCGCCCGCAAUCGCAGGGCUCUCCAGAGGGUGGUGCGGUCUGCCCAACGCAUCACCGGGGGCAAACUACCAGCCCUCCAGGACACCUACAGCACCUGAUGUCACAGGAAGGCCAAAAGGAUAAUCAAGGACAACAACCACCCGAGCCACUGCCUGUUCACCCCGCUAUCAUCCAGAAGGCGAGGUCAGUACUGGUGCAUCAAAGCUGGGACCGAGCGACUGGAAUAACCGCUUCUAUCUCAAGGCCAUCAGACUGUUAAAUAGCCUUCACUAGCACAUUAGAGGCUGCUGCCUAUAUACAUAGAUUAGAAAUCACUGGCCUCUUUAAUAAAUGGAACACUAGUCACUUUAAUAAUGUUUACAUAUCUUGCAUUACUCAUCUCAUAUGUAUAUACUAUUCUACUGUAUCUUAGUCUAUGCCGCUCUGACAUUGCUCGUCCAUGUAUUUAUUUAUAUAUUCUUAAUUCCAUUGCUUUACUUAGAUUUGUGUGUAUUGGGUAUAUAUUGUGAAAUUGUUAGAUAUUACUUGUUAAAUAUUACUGCACUGUCAGAGCUAGAAACACAAGCAUUUCGCUACACCCGCAAUAACAUCUAUUAAACACGUGUAUGUGACCAAUAAAAUUUGAUUUGCUUCAGGUCACUGUCUGAAGCACUCUGGAUACUUGUUUGGAUGAUGGCUCCUGUCCCAUUUCACUUCCUGGAUAUAAACCCAUUGGAACAUUUCCCUCUUUCUUCUGCUAUCUAGCCUUAUCGCCUGUCAUAGUAGGGAAAUCCUUUUCAACUGACAUGGCCAACUUUUUAGUAUCUGUACUGUUUUGUGGGUGGGAAAUGUAUUGAGAAAUGGAUAGACGAACACUGCUCUUUAGUAGUGACCAUCAAGGUGAAGCUUGCCAUUGCGUUAGUGUACUCUGCACAGCCAUGUUCAAGGCAUUUGUAUUAGGCACAGUAGUGAGUAGGAGGAUGUGAAUGUAAAGUACAUUUUGCUCAUCAUUCAUACAAUUCACCAAAUACAACUAGAUACUAUUAAUUAUCAAGUGAGUCAUCCUCCAGUUCACUUGCCUUUUAUAGAGGCCUGUUGGACAUGCAUCGCUCAGAUUCUUGAGACAAAGACAUGCUUUUAGAUAGUACGGUAUGUAUUCAUUAUUAAUCUUUAAAUGGUGAUAUGGUUGUGAGAGUAUUCUAACUCUUGCAUAGUCACGUCCCACAAGAAAAUAACACGUGUGGUAAAAUGGAUGCCACGUGGCUUAGUUUGAGGCGUCUUAUGGUGAAUUGUAUUGAAUUUAGCUAGUGAAGUCUUUCCCUCACGUGUAGUUGAGCAAGAGGAGUUAGGCUACAUGUCUUCUUGGCAUGAGUUUGUACUUUUGGUUCUGUUCCAUUGGUUCCCAUAGGGACUGAAUCAAGUAUUUGACAUAUGCGCGUGUAACCAUAAACUUCCUAGCGUGAGGGUAUAGAGUAUCAUACAUAGUAUUGACAUGUUGCUUACUUCAUAUGAGUAAUGGAGAUAUUGCAAAGUAUUGAAAAUAGUAUUGCAAAUUGCAUCACUGCAGAAUGUACAUUAUAGGAAUUACAGUCACUGUCCGGCAUGUGUAGUAAUGGUACUUCUUAAGGUACAGAUUUAGGAUCUUAAUUUGAGCCAGUUCGCUACAACAGGACUAUAAUUCUGCAGCAAGAGGAAAUGUGGAUUAUAAUUCAUGGACAUUUUUAUAGGGAUUGAUACAUUUUUUUGUAAGGGAAAUUGAAGUCAGAAAUUUCAAAUGCAGGACAUUUCUCCUGCAACAGGGUGAUCAAAUUAAGAUCCUACAUCUGUAGUAUCAAAUUAUCUAAAAAGAGAUUAUAAUAUAAUAUGCCAUUUAGCAGACGCUUUUAUCCAAAGCGACUUACAGUCAUGCGUGCAUACAUUUUUUUUUUGUGUAUGGGUGGUCCCGGAGAUCGAACCCACUACCUUAGCGUUAUUGUAAUUGUAGGGCACAGUUGAAGUAAACCUGCUCUGCAAGUAACCAUCCAUGGUUCUCUUUUCUUUUCUAGUCUCGAAGUGUGGACAAGCAGCAUGCCGUCAUCAACUACAACCCUGCUACCGAUGAGCACCUGGUCAAAGACCUAGGCAGCCUCAAUGGAGUGAGUACCCAGGGGAGGGAGGGGUAGAGAGGAAGGUACAAGCUAAAAUACUUUCAAUAGAAAGUUAAACUGUGUUUGGUACAAGGACUCCCCUUACUACACACAGAGACAGAAAGAGAUAAAAAGGCCCUAGAUGUUUCAGUAUUCUAUUAAGUAGUUCUAAGCCUAGCAUAGUAGAUAACCAGCUUAAGCAAGCACGUAAUGGCACUUAUCUCUUUUACAUGGGUGUGUUAAUGCUAGCUAAAAGAAGCAGGGAAUUAUGAGUAGGCUACUGUGCAGUGACAAUGUAAAUGCUGUGUCUUUACUUGCUAUAAUUAAGCAAAAAUGCUUGAGGGGGUGUGGUAUAUUGGCCAUUAUAAACUGGGUCGUUCGAGCCCUGAAUGCUGAUUGGCUGAAAGCCGUGGUACAGUAUAUCAGACCAUAUACCACGUGUAUGACCCCAAUUUUUUUUUUUACUGUUUUAAUUAAAUUGGUAACCAGUCUUGGUUUGUGGUAUAUGGCCAAUAUAACACGGCUAAUGGCUGUAUCCAGGCACUCCGCGUUGUGUCAGGCUUCAGAACAGCCCUUAGCCGUGGUAUAUUGGACAUAUACCACACCCCUUCAUGCCUUAUUGCUUAAAUAUACCACGGCUAAGGGCUGUUCUUAGGCACAACACCUUACUGCUAUUAUAAACUGGUUACCAGCAUAAAUAUACAUAUUUUUGCGUCAUACCCAUGGUAUAUUGUCUGAUAAUCACAUGGCUGAAAUGGUGUUUCAGCCAAUCAGCAUCCAGGACCCAAACCACCCAGUUCAUAAUGACAUAUACAACAUGACAACUGCGGCCCAAAAGUGCUGCUGAGUCCAUUUUACUGAAUAGUCAAGGAACUAUUUUCCUUUUAAAUUGUAAAGGCCUCCAGAUAGUGCUGUGAGAUGGGAAAUCGUUGGGUCGGAGCGGGAGACUAGCUGUUAAAUAUUUAACAGAACUGUUUGUUGUGCUGCUGAUGCAGACUUCCCUCAGUAGUAGGCGGGCAACAUGGAAACAUUCCAAGUAGCUUUCACUAGACUAGAUCGAUCAUGUCAAAUCAGCACUGCGCUACCAUUAGGCUAAGGACUUGUAUCUAAGGGCCUGUAUCUCUGCAUCGUUACAUCUCUAGCAAACAUCUCCUGUUUGCAUCCGGGUUGUUUUGUCUUCAUUUGUGGUCCAGUGGGCAGUGCCACUAGUUUACCCUGGCCUUAACCAUACAGUUACUCUUCUGUACCGGACUGAAAUACCACUGAAAUUCUUGUGUUGAAGGUGGAUGAGUGGUGCACAGUGUCUAUCCCAGGACCUCAUGGAGACUCAUGUUACAUGUCAUCCUUCAAUAACUCCUGUUUACAGUAACCAACCAUGUUGUGUUCCCCUCUAGACCUUUGUGAAUGACCUGAGGAUCCCAGAUCAGACCUACAUCACCCUAAAGCUGUCUGAUGUCAUUCGCUUCGGAUAUGAUAUCCUUUUUCUCACUCAUGUCAUAAAUGCAUAAUUCUUGUGCCAUAUAUGCAUAAUAUAUGAAUAUCGGCUUUGGAAUUUGAUUGAAAUGCUUGUCUGUGAUGUGGUUGGCUAUUGCCUUAACCUAGUAUUUACAUUCCCAUGUGUACAUCCUGGAGAAGAGCCAACACAAGGUCCCAGAGGAGGCACUCAAGGUCAGCUUUCUAUGCUAAUAGAUUAUAUUAAACACUACACCCUAACCUGGACUAGCUUUUCAGACAGUUCUGGCCUACCAUCGCUUCAUUUAGCUAGAUCUUUCUUGGGCAACUUGAGUGUGUUCUUUUUGUGAGUUGUUGCACCUCCUGCUGUUCCAGCAUGAGAAGUACACCAGCCAGCUGCAGAUGGGUCUGAAAGCCUCAGAAGGGAAGAGGGCUGAGCACCUGGAUGACAAGUCCAAGCUAGAGAAGACAGACAGGAAAUCUCUGUCUCAAGGUAAGCGUUAGCGAAGGCUUCAAACCUGUUUAAAUGCUCUUCCACCAUAUAUUCCCACAGUAGUUUUUUUUUUUCUCUCAUCAAACAAAGCUCAUUGGUAAGGGGUCUACACGUAGUGCUCAUAUUGAUAGACCUGUUUGGAUAACUACAUUAUUUGGUAUAAGCUUUGAGCUCAUGACAACUCAGGGAAUUGGGACAUCAUGGUUGCUCUCUCUUCAUUUAUUUCACUGCUUAAUCCUUAAAAUUGUGUCAAUCUAAUGAACAUAAUACAAAAAUCCCCAUCGAAAUCAGUCAGUUUAAGCUAGAGAUAUCUGUUUUUUGGCUGCGUCCCAAUCCACUGCAUCCGCCUAUGUUGCCCUUCCGCAUCUGAGGUGGAGGGACAUGGUGUAUUUAUUUAAUGAUACAAACACAGCUGUUUAACUUGGCUGAAUAUCCUAGAUCAUUCUGAUUUUAUCAACUGUGACUCACUAAUACCUGGAAUGGUAUGGUGUGUUAGGAUGAUGAGGAUUUUAACUUUGCUCUGCUCCUCUAAAGAAAAAGCAAACGUCCAUGUCCCUUGACCGUGAUGUCGGCAUCAGCUCAUCCUAUUUCCGUCAGAACAUGUUCCCCCUCCCCCUCUUUUCAUCCCUCCAUCCCGCUCUCUGCCUCCCUCACCCUCUUCGGCGGCUGCAUGUGGUCACAUCCAGUCUCCAUGGUGACGGCGACCGCACCCGUAGUCACAGUUCAGCUCAGCACCGAUGGCCUGCUUGAUUUUAGCUCUGUGUAAUUCACACUGGCAUCCCCCCCUGUCAAGUGCUCUGCCAGAAGGUUCAUGUAAUCCUUACGCCAUAAACAGGUCAUGAUCAACUAUCUAUCGACUAAAGGCGCUGAUGCAAAAGCUUUUAUAGGCUGCUUGUGUUGUGACCUCUCUGGCUGAUGAGUCCCUUGCCCUGUGAGGCUUUGAUGAUAUAAGUAUAAGCUAGUGGAAAACAACUGAAUCCACACUCAAAUCAACACAGAGUUAUUCUCCUCAACACUGCAGCCUUUGCAGUAAAAACCUUGAAAGAACGCUGCCUCAAGAUCCACUGGAUGUGUUGGACACAUUGGAUGAAAUACUAUGUCAUAAAUAACAAGCUUUAUGUAUGUCUGAUUUGAUGUAUUCUAGUGGGGUAGAGACAAACCUUUAAACUCCCAGUGGACCAAUAGUAGAUGAUGACUGCUGCAAAGAAAUGACUCCUCUCUCCUUUGGCUCUGUGUGUGUGUGCGCGUGGGUGCAUGGUGCGUGUUCAGAGACUCCAACCUCCCGGCCCACUCCAUUGUAUGGCCAGCCCUCGUGGUGGGGGGAGGAGGAUGCGGCCAGCAAAGGACAGCAGAGUGAGGGACUCAGGCCAGAGGAGGGUCACCCAGGUCAGUGAAUCCUCGAUUCAUACUAUUUUCAUUUUAUUACAUUUCAUGUUAAAAUGUUUGCAUUUCCUUUUUAAAGAAUAUAAAUAAACAAAAAAUGGUUUGUGCUUGUCUUUUAAUUUGCUUGUGUAGCCUAAUUGGUGCUUUGACACCUAUCCAUUUGCAGAGAUUCCAAAAGAAGGUUCAGCGUUAGAUUCAGAGGUGAAUGGCUCCCUGUUAGAGUACAGGGACGCUCAGGGCAAGUCCAUCUUCCCCUAUCCAUCGGGAGCCCAGCUACUUUGAGAUCCCUACCAAGGAUUUCCAGCUGCAUCCCAAGUCCCCGGGGGCAGAGCUCCAUGAGAUCCCCACCAAGGACACGGACACGCCCCUUGCCCCUCCCCACCCCACCUCGCCCACUCCCCCCGUGGUGCAGAGCCACGCCUCCUUCACCAUAGAGUUUGAUGACUGCACCCCAGGCAAGAUCAAGAUCAAGGACCACGUGACCAAGUUCUCCUCGCGCCAGAGGAAACAGCAGCAGCAGGCCACCACGCCCACUGAGGUGAUGUCAGCCGAGUGCAAGGUGGCAGAUUGGUUGGUGCACAGUGAUGUCAGAAUGAUGAGGAGGCGUCCCACGUGUGAGGAUGUUUACAGUGUCAAGAGUGACCAGGCCGUCAACAUCAAGAGCCUCAAAGGUAAGAGAGUGGUACUUUCAAAUAGAAACGUUCAUAGAAAUCUAUAAGGUCUUGGAAGGUAUGGGAAGGGGCUGUUUAUGUGUUUUCUGUCCCUCAUUUGUGGUUUGAAUUUAUCUGUUUCUAGGACACCACCAUGACGAUGGGACCCAGAGUGAUUCUGAGGACCCGGUUUUAGGGAAAGGGAAGCGAAGCAAGUCACACCACCGGAUCCAGUCGCAACAUUCAAUCCAGUCUGCGCUUUCCCAGUCAGAGCUGUCAGAACUGUCACAACAGACUGUGCUGUCAUACCAAUUAGUCCAGUCACACCAGACACAGCAGACAGUCCAGUCGCACCAUUCGAUUCAGUCCAACCAGUCAGUGCCGUCACACCAGUCAGUCCAGCCACACCAGACAGACCAGUCAGUUCCGUCGCAGCAGUCAGUUCCGUCACAAAGGUUACUCCAGCCUCAGUUUUCUCCGCCCAAACUGACCCCAGUCUCUCCUGUGGCCCCCGAGAGGCCCCUGUCUGAAAGCCCUCCUGAGGCUCGCUCCCCCACCAUGGGCCCCUCUAAGCCCGACCCCCAGGAGCCCCUCAGCCAGCAAGCAUUCAUCAUAGAGUUCUUUGACGACAACCCCCGCAAAAAACGCUCACAGUCCUUCACAGCCAACCCCGCCCAUGCAGAUUCUUACUCCGCCCUCAAGUCCAAGCUUGAGCGGCGGAAGGGCGGGGAGAGGCCAAACUCCAUGCACGGACACAUCCCCCCCACCCAGCAGGUGACUGUUCCUCUGAGGGGCCAGGGCCACGGCGGGCCCCAGAGGUCUAGCACCCUGAAGAGGGAGAAGACAGAGGAGCCCCUGAGUGGAGGCAGUGCCUCCUCUUCCUCUGCCUCCGGUUCUGGGCCUUCCUCUCGCGCCUCCUCUGGCAUCACCAUCAAGCCCUUUGGCAGUGUGGGGAAGAAGUCCAAGAUGGCCAAGGAGUUUACAGCAGAGUUCCUGAUGAUGAAGGAUGCAGGCCACAGAGCCUUGUCCCCCACCAGAGAUAAGACGUCUCCUCCCAUGUCCGCUCCCCCGGUGAUGAUGAUGUCACCCUCUCACACCCGCAUUCCGUCUCCCUUAGUCCCCCCUUCAUCUGUUUCCUAUCCCUCCACCCCCUUGCAACCCUCUGCACCGCAUUCCUACUCUCCAACUCCUGCCCCUCAUUCCCCAGUCCUAGCCCUCUCCCACCCCCCCUCCCGCAGCCCUGUCCAGACUGCCUCCCCAGUCUGCUCAGCCGUCCCCUCCAUGCCCCCUCUAAUGCCCCUGGGUCUGGGGGUGUGUGGGGUGGACCCUAAAGCCUCCAGGGUGGUGAGGAACGAGGAAGAGGACAGUCUGAGUGAUGCCGGCACAUACACCAUCGAAACAGAGUCCCAGGACAAAGAGGUGGAGGAGGCACGCAACAUGAUCGACCAGGUGAGAAGGUAGCAGCCAGAGGUUCACCUUACUCAUUCUCCAUUUUUAAAGUCUGCCAACACCAUGACUUCUUAGGGGGGAUGGUGGACCUUUUCACAUGCUGCGUGUAAUUAUUGUACUGUAUCUUUUCAACUGUUUGGAUUCUGACGUUAAAUGCUACGAUUCUUACAAGUGGUAUAGUUCUAGAAUAAACAAUAUAAUACCUUAAUAAGAAUACCUUGAGGGACGCAUGCUUAGAACUUCCUCCCCCUACCCAGUACACCCUUCCACCCCUUCCUUCCUUCUUCCCCUUGCAAAGUCCCAUUGUCCCUUCUCUUCUCCUACCUACCUCAUGCAUGCUCUGUCCCUCCCUGACAGGUGUUUGGUGUCCUCGACUCACCGGAGUACAGUGAUGCCGGAGUGUAUAGACCCAUCAUUAAUGAUGGCAAGGACGAGCUGGCAAUGCUCCGGCCUAGCGACGGUAGCACUGUGGAUCAAAUGAAAGCAGUGUCUAUGCAUGGCUUUAACCCAGCUGCUCUCAGUGGGGCCCCCUCAGGCCCCUUCCAGGUAACCUCACCAUCCUACGCUACGGGAGAAAUAAGGGACCUAAAACGUUUGCAUGUUCCACCUCAAACCUAUGCAUGGUUAUCAUUUGUCCUUCCUUGAUACUCCCUUUGGCUUCUACAGUGCCUCUUUAAAAUGUAAGGAUUGUUCUUGGAAGGAGAUUAUAAUUAUGUUUAUCCUCUGUAUCUAACCCCUCAUAGUUUCCUCCACUGUUUCAGGUGCCGUCUGCUAACACUGCAGCACAGGAGGAGGGGCCUAAGUGGGUUUCUCGCUGGGCUGGUCUGGCAGACAGCUAUGCAGAACCAGGCUCUACUCCACCUCAAGGGGAAUUUGCAGAGGGAGGUGAGUCAUCUGCACCCACUGACCGCUCUGCUCAGAACUUAUGUGAGCAAACUGAAAAAAGCCUGAAUUAAAAUAUGUUUCUCUUUCCUAGAUUUGCGAUUGAUGAGUCGGUUGAUGCCUAGCCACAGCGUGGAUAACUCUGAGUCAGAUGGGAGCCAGAGUUGUAGGAUCAGGAGACUGCUUCCCCAGGUUCCCCCUGGAGACAGAGAGAAGCCAGAAAGCCCCACCCCCAGCAUCCUGAUCCGCCACGAACCCCCCUACCCAGGCCCAGAAACCCCCCUGGAGAGGAGUAAUGGUACGCCCCGGCAUCAGGACACCACCCAGAGGCUGUGUGUCCAGGACGAUGUAGACCCAGACAGCCUGAGUGAUGCCAGCCGCUCUGACGAUGGCUCUGUACUGGAGAGGACCAGGAAGAGCCAGGGGAGGAAGAGUGGCGCUACCUUGCCCGGGGACACUGGACCUCACUAUAGGGGUCAAGAUAAGCUGUCUCCGACUCAGUCUACCAAGUCCACCUCCUUUUACAUUGGUUCUGAGGAAUGUAGCUUAAGCAAGCCGGACCUGGCCCGAAGCCCUUUUCUGUCUCAGGGGCUUGAGAGGGGGCGAGAAGCCCCUGCCAAAACCUCCCCCACCACCGUCCUCAUUAGGCACCUGAGCAGCCAUGAGCCCCGGAGGUCAGGCGUCAAGCCAAACAACUCCGCUCCAAACCUCCACUCCCAGCAGGACAAGGAGUCUAAAGACGCUCUAGGGACUUCCUCAUUCGUCAGGCAGGAAAGCUUCACCAAGGAGCGACCCAGUGACGACGUCCAGAUCAAGAGGCUCCCCCACAUCUCCAGUCACCCCACCCUGAGGGACAUGGAGCAGAGGAGUGAGACGGCCCAGGACCCACAGCCCUUCCUCAGGGAAACCGCAGACGCUGCUCUCUCCUCCCUGGAGGUCAAGUUACCCUCCUCAGGCUCCGGACACAGUUCUAAGAGAGGAGGCUCCUCCAGUCACGUGGAUGACUCUCUGUCUGGGGAAUCAGAUGUGGAUACAGCCAGCACCGUCAGUCUCGUCAGCAACAAGAACACCCCCGUCACCACAGGCCCCAAGAAGAGGACGGCCGCCAGGUCCUCCUCCAGUACGUCUGUCCAGGAGAAGGGCCACCGCCAGCCCACGGCCCGCGAGCGCCUGUCAGAAAAACGCCGCAGCCACGCAGCUGCCGGUGAUAACUCCAGCAGCAAGGCCGAGCAGGCCAAGCGCUUCCAGAUGCGGCGCAGCACGGGGAACCGCGGUUCACUGGACCUAUUAGGGGACCAGCAGGGUUCUAGCCAGCACUGGCCUGACACGGCCUCUGACCAUGAGACCGGCUCCCGACCCGCCAGCUGCAAUAAGAAGCUCAUAGCUCCCCUACAGAAAGAGGACAAUGGGAAGACCCCCAAGAGUGCAGCACAGCAGGCACUGAUCCGCUCCAACAGCCUGUCAGCACCACGGCCCACCAGAGCAUCCAUGCUGCGCAGGGCACGCCUGGGAGAGAACUCUGACAAUGAUGGUACUGAGACUGACCGGGGAUCCCAGAACUCAGACCACAUCGGUGCUCCCUCCAAGGUGUCUGCUGAUGGGAAGAAGCUCCUCUCCAGACUGGACAUCUUGGCCAUGCCCAGGAAGCGAGCAGGCUCCUUCACUACGCCUAGUGACAACGAGUCCUCCAUCACCACCCCUACAACCCGGCCUGGCUUCUCCAACCGGAGUGCAGAAUCAACUGGGCCGGUCAGGAAGACCUCAGUGGGUGAAGCAGGGGCCAAGCAGGGAGCCAAAAGAGGAGCCGGAGCUCCUGGGAAGCAGCCCCUCACCCGCACACGCUCCAGCGGGGCUAAAUACUCCAGCACAACCAGUGAGUAUUAUUGAAGUCACCAUUGAGUAACUUCUCAAUCUGCAUAGCCAUGCUAUUUGCUUGCACAAAGCAAUGCAGAGAAUUCAUGUUUUUUUAUCCUGAAUUGUAAUUUAUGAUUUAAAAGUCAUACACUCAUACAAAAAGAGGUGCUAUCUAGAACCUAAAAGGGUUCUUCAGCUGUCCCCAUAGGAGAACCAUUUGAAGAACCCUUUUUGGUUCCAGGUAGAACCCUUUUUGGUUCCAGGUAGAACCCUUUUUGGUUCCAGGUAGAAACCUUUUGGGUUCCAUGUAGAACCCUUUCCACAGAGGGUUCUACAUGGAACCCAAAAGGGUUCUACCUGGAUCCUAAAAUGGUUCUACCUAGAACCAAAAAGGGUUAUCCUAUGGCCUUUUGGAACCAUUUUUUCUACGAGUGUAUACUGUAUAUCACAUUUUAAGACUGACCGGAGAUUGUCAUGAUACAAAUGUAUUAUUUUUAUGAUACUGGGAUGUUGUGUAUGUGUUCUUAAGCGGUCACCAUAAAUGAUAAUUUUCAGGACCAUAACUGCCUGCCUGCCACUGGCUCAAUACAGACUUUCACUGCAACAGACACAUUUUCACGUUACACUAAUGAAUUGUUAUUCUUGAUUUAAAAGUCAUACAGUGCCGUGAAAAACUAUUUUCCCCCAUUCUAAUUUUCUCUACUUUUGCAUAUUUUUUUAUACUGAAUGUUCUUCAACCAAAACAACUACAGGAAGCAUUUGGUUACAGUCAUUGUAGGCAGUUAAAGGUGGCACAACCAGUUAUUGAGUGUAAGGGGGCAAUUACUUUUUCAUACAGGGGAAUUGGGUGUUGCAUAACUUUGUUAAUUAAAUAAAUAAAAUAAGUAUACAUUUUUUUUAUUUGUUCACUCAGGUUCCCUUAUCUAAUAUUAGGUUUUGGUUGAAGAUCUGCUAACAUUCAGUAUAAAAAAAUAUGCAAAAAAAGAGAAAAUCAGAAAGGGAGCAAAUACUUUUUCACGGCACUGUAUGUGAUAAAAUGUCUAGUUCUGGUGCACAUAAAAUCACGGGCCACAGAGUAUUGAAACAGGGCAUGACAAUGAGUUGAAGUGACCUUUUCCACCCUUCAUAGUGAAUGUGACUCAGUCUCCCUUUUGAGAUGCAUGCUGGUAGGCUGUAUUUUGGCUUGUCCUGUAGGAGCUCAGUGUAGUCGCUACGAAGCAGUGUGAUGAUGCUGCCUGCUGCCGUUUCCAUAGAAACACAGCUCCUGGCCGGACGUCAUCACAUAGCUAUUUGUCAUUUUGACAUUUAUCCGAAAUGUGAUGUGCAUGUACAGUGCCUUCAGAAAGUAUUCAUACCCGGUGACUUAUUCCACAUUUGUUGUGUUACAGCCUGAAUUCAAAAUAGAUUAAAUAAAUAAAACAUCUCACUCAUCUAAACACAAUACCCCAUAAUGACAAAGUGAAAACAUGUUUUUAGAAAAAAUUCAAAUUCAUUAAAAUUGUGCAACAUUUACCAUUAUUAUUUUCAAAAUACUUCAAGCUCUGUCAAAUUGGUUGUUGAUCAUUGCUAGACAACCAUUUUCAGGUCUUGCCAUAGAUUUUCAAGUUGAUUUAAGUCAAAACUGUAACUCGGCCACUCAGGAACAUUCACUGUCUUCUUGUUAAGCAACUCCAGUGUAGAUUUGACCUGUUUUAGGUUAUUGUCCUGCUGAAAGGUGAAUUCAUCUCCCCGUGUCUGGUGGAAAGCAAACUGAACCACGUUUUCCUCUAGGAUUUUGUCUGUGCUUAUCUCCAUUCCAUUUAUUUGUUGUCCUGAAAAACUCCCCAGUCCUUAAUGAUUACAAGCCAUAACAUGAUGCAGCCACCACUAUGCUUUUAAAUAUGGAGAGUGGUACUCAGUAAUGUGUUGUAUUGGAUUUGCCCCAAACAUAACACUUUGUAUUCAGGACAAAAAGUGAAUUGCUUUGCCACAUAUUUUGCAGUAUUACUUUAAUGUCUUGUUGCAAACAGGAUGCAUGUUUUGGAAUAUUUUUAUUCUGUACAGGCUUCCUUCUUUUCACUCUGUCAAUUAUGUUAGUAUUGUGGAGUAACUACAAUGUUGUUGAUCCAUCCUCAGUUUUCUAUCACAACAAUUCAACUCUGUAACUGUUUUAAAGUCACCAUUGGCCUCAUGGUGAAAUCCCUGGGCGGUUUCCUUCUUCUCCGGCAACUGAGUUAGGAAGGACGCCUGUAUCUUUGUAGUGAUUGGGUGUAUUGAUACACCAUUCAAAGUGUAAUUAAUAACUUCACCAGGCUCAAAGGGAUAUUAAAUGUCUGCUUUAAAAAUAAAUAAAUAAAUACAUCUACCAAUGGGUGCCCUUUUUUGCCAGGCAUUGGAAAACCUCCCUGGUCUUUAUGGUUGAAUCUUUGUUUGAAAUUCACUGUUCGACUGAGGGACCUUACAGAUAAUUGUAUGUGUGGGGUACAGAGAUCAGGUAGUCAUUCAAAAAUCAUGUUAAACAAUAUUAUUGCACAUAGAGUGAGUCCAUGCAACGUAUUAUGUGACUUGUUAUUAAGCACAUUUUUACUGAACGUAUUUAGGCUUGCCAUAACAAAGGGGUUAAAUACUUAUUGACUCAAGACAUUUCAGCUUUUCAUUUUAUUAAUCUAUAAAAAAAAAAUGAAAAAAAAAUUCCACUUUGACAUUAUGGGGUGUUGUGUGUAGCCAAGUGACCAACACAUCUCAAUUUAAUCCAUUUUAUAUUCAGGCUGUAACACAGCAAAAUGUGGAAAAAGUCAAGGAAGGGGUGUGAAUACUUCUGAAGGCACUGUAAAUUAGUGACCCAUAUUAUGCAUAGAUGGUGUAUUACGUAUCAGUAUCUAUUGUGGAGUAGUAUUGGCAAUCCCAAGGGUCUGGCAAUGACUAAUGUUGUUAUUAAUAUUCAUCAGGGUUCUCCCCAGGAUUUUUUUUAUAAAGGUGGUGCUGCUGCUGAGUAAGGCUGGGGGAGGCUUGAUUUCUGCUGAAACUUUUUUUUUAAUGUAUUUAUUUUUGUACACUUUUUUUUGCCUUUGAGCAAGGCACUUAACCUUAAUUUGCUCCAGGGGUGCCGCAUUUCAUGGCUGACCCUUUAACACAACACAUUUCACUGCACCUAUACAAUCUUUUUUUUUUUUUAUGUAUGCUGUAACUGCAUGAGAUAUGGAUCAAAUGAACAACUGUGCUGUUAUCUGGUAGGUUCCCGUCGAAGGCAGAAGGGUUCAGACUACACCUCCACAUCUGAGGAGGAAUAUGAGGCCAGCUCUGGAACCCCCAAACACAAACGCUCCUCCCACACGUCUGCUGCCACACAGACUCCCCGGGCCCAGAAGGAGAAGGCUGCAGCAGCAGCAGUCGCCCGGUCCAAGUCCGGCUCACUGGAGACUGAGGAGGACGAGGUCCAGAAUGAGGAUGACCACUACCAGAACUGGACCACACACAGUGCCGAGAUAGCAAAGUAGGGUGGCAUAAUGGCACUAACUAUGGCGUCACUGUGUAUCACCUGGCUGAAACCACUUAUUGAGUCUUAUGAUUGGCAGCUGUAGAACAUGCAUUCUGUACGUAUGUAUUUUUUAUGUGGUCGUGACUUGUUUGUGUCUUCCCAGGCUCAGUCAGGACUUGGCCAAGGACCUUGCCAUCCUGGCCCGUGAGAUUCAUGAUGUGGCGGGGGAUGGGGACUCCCAGAGUUCCUCUGGAAUGGGCACCAACCCCUCACCCAGCUCUGCACCCAACACACCCGGGCCCGCCUCCACCAUCCCCAUCUCUAGCCGGGAAGAGGUGUGCCCGCCCACUACCCAUAAUACACUUCAAACAUGCCCCCCUGACCUGCACCUCACGCUAUGUACAGUUAUUUCCAUCCCUUUGUAAUGUUCUAAUGCAUAAUAAACUGCACUGCAGCCUAUGGGAAUUUCCUUCCCUCUAUAAGUUAUUUUAGACAUGUGCCACUAAAUAUCUUACAUCAAAAUGAUGUACAGGCUCAUUGACAUGUGCAAAGGAUCCAUUCUAAUUUUUUAGAUUAUCAUGAGCAUGUCUCUGUUCUCUACUGUACAGAGGCCAUGUACAUGUUUGCGAGUGGUACUCCCAUCACAGGUGCAUACCUCAGAUACAUCCGUCUGUCUCUCUCUGUCUCUCUGUCUGUCCUGCAACGGUUUAUAUUUUCUCCCUUCACCUCCCACACUCUUCAGGCUAUCAUCACUCUUCAGGCUAUCAUCACUCUUCAGGCUAUCAUCACUCUUCAGGCUAUCAUCACUAAUCCAAACACUUGUAUGCUGCUGGAUUGUCAUGCUACAGAUUCUGAUUUAUAUCAUACUGGGAUGUUGUAUGUGUUCUUAAUGAGCGUUUAUGGUGACAGCUUUUCAGGACCAUAACUGCCUGCCUGCCUGUCACUGGCUCACUACAGACUUUCACUGUCACUGCAACAGAUACCUUUUCAUGUUCCACUAAUGUCGCUUUUUUUUCCCGGGCUUGUAUCCCAGCAAAACUAAAAUUCACUGCUCACAGUUCAACUGCUCUCACCACCGCAUGUUGCCUUGGAGCAUGUAAUCACAAAGCACUAGUCACACUGGUCGAUUUUUCUCUAGUACAAUAUAACAAAGAUAUUGUAACUUUUUUUAUUCUCACUGUGCCCUUGAAGUACAGUAGAAGGCCUUGAGGCACUGUCUCAGUAGUCAUGGUCAUGUCAGUUGUUCAGAACGUGCGGACCAUGCACUGAUUCUAUUCUCUUUCCAGCUGGUCCAACAUAUCCCUGAGGCCAGCUUAAACUACCAGAAGGUUCUACUAUCGCCAGGUUCUGCUGCUGUCAUGGACAUGGAUCCUAACAUGAAUGACCAAGACCCAAGCUCUAAGCCACGGUGGAACCGUGAAGAGGUCACUUACCUGUCACACUUGUUUCUCCUCCAUUUUAGAAUAGUACUUUCACUAACUAUCAAUGAUUUGGAAACCUAGGUAUAUCACAAUUAUUACAAAGCUGGCUCACGCAGAAAAAAAAUGAGCUGUUGCAGUUAGUUUUGGUCUUCUGGGAAUUAGACUAAAGUAUAUUAAUGCAUGGGAAACUACUUUGGGUGUUUGACAUCCACCAUUUUCUCCCUCUAGGUGAUUUUGGACAAUUUGAUGUUGAACCCUGUUUCUCAGCUCUCUCAGGCCAUUCGGGAGAACACAGAACAGCUGGCUGAGAAAAUGAAGUAAGGGAACUUGAUGUACCUUGGCUCCUACCUUGUGUUAUUUUAACAUAAUUGUAUGUAAUGGAAAAGAGCUAGUCAGUGAUUUCCUCUCUGCUUGGCUCUGUUAGAUUAUACAGUCCUUUGUUUUUUUUUCUGUCAGGGUUUUAUUCCACAACAAGACUGAGGCCUGGGAGGAGAUUGAAGCGAAGAUCAAUGCUGAAAACGAAGUCCCUAUCCUCAAAACAUCAAAUAAGGUACAGCAUUGGUAGCCAGUCACAUCUUACAUUGGUAGCCAUUUUGGUGUAAAACUGAGGACAUUAUAUGGGAAAAUGUAAUCGUUUUAAUUCUGUCACAGGAAAUCUCUUCUAUCCUGAACGAGCUGAGAAGAGUACAGAAACAACUAGAAAGUAAGAGUUACACAUGGGUUAUUCUUUGUUGUUAAAAUAUAUAUAUAUAUAUAUAUUCCUAAAAUGUACUGGGAGUGCAAUGUAGAAUUGCUUUUCCUGAACGGCUUCAUGUCUGCAUGACCUAUUCAGGACAUCUAAAUAAAGCUGAAAGCAUAUGAUCCAGUAGUCCUAUGGAAUCUAAUAGAACACGGAAUGUUCCUUUGUUGUAGUGAUCAACAGCAUUGUGGAACCCGGUGGAGCUGGCAGUGGGAACCCUAAGGUGGCAGCGGUGGCUGCUGCUGCUUCAGGAGGACAGGCCACCAAGUCCCCCUCGCGGCAGAAGAAAUCCCCCAGUAAGCCCGCUGGGCCUGGGGACAGACAGCGUGGUGCGGGCCCUUCAACCAGCCCCACCACUUCCAAACCCAAUCCCAACGAAAGCACCAAGAGGACCACUCGAAGCCCCAAAGGGGCAAACUUUAUGGCCUGA